AUGAAGCGUGAUUCGUCAAUUCGUCAAUUUCUUAUAAACAAAAUACAUGAUUAUGAGAAAAAGGGUACGUACAAAACUCGAUUGGUUUGGGAUGCUGCAGCAAGGGUAAAGGGUGUCGGGCUCAAUGAUACGUUGCUGAAAGGGCCCGAUCUACUAAAGUCUCUACUGGGGGUACUGCUCCGAUUUCGCGAACGACGUUUCGCAGUUUGUGGAGAUAUACGCGAAAUGUUCCACCAGAUUAAAAUUAUAAAAGAAGAUCAAGUGGCGCAAAAAUUGUUGUGGCGAAACGAUGGCUCGUCUCGCGACUAUGAUAUCUACGUGAUGAGGGUUAUGACAUUCGGCGCUUCGUGCUCGCCUUCCUUGGCGAACUACAUAAAAAAUCGUAACGCUCACCGAUUUGCUGAUCUUCAUCCCGACGCCGAACGGGCCAUCGUUAGUAACACAUUUGUUGACGAUUGCCUUCAGAGUGCAGACUCUGAAAAUGAAUUGGCUCGUCUAGCAACUAAAGUUCGUUGGGUUCAUCAGGAGGGCGUAUUCCAAAUGAGAAACUGGAAAUCUAAUUCCAAACACGUACUAUUUUCAUUAGAUGCUGACGACGUUCCAGCCGCCAAAUGUUUUGAAGAGCCAGAAGCCGUUAUAGAGAAGGUACUAGGGAUGUGGUGGCUGCCAGUUUCGGAUGAGUUAACAUACAUUGAAAAUUUUCCAAAGGAAGUUUUUAAUGAAAAUACGAUCGUGUCGAAGCGACAAAUUUUGCGCACAAUAAUGACGAUUUUCGAUCUUAUGGGUGUUCUCGGUUUUGUCAUUGUACAGGCAAAAAUUAUUUUACAAGAUGUCUGGCGCUCCGGAGUAGGUUGGGAUGAACCGAUUAAAGAAGAAGAACGGUGCAACUGGUUUCGUUGGGUAAAACGCAUUCCUGCGAUCAACGGCAUUAAAAUUCCCCGUUGCCUUUCACUUGCCUGCGAAAACCAAAAUAAUCAGUUGCACAUUUCUGUAGAUGCAAGCAUAAAAGCCUACGCUGCGGUGGCCUACAUCCUGUCAGAAGUAGGUUCGCAAAUAUCUUGUUCACUUUUGGCUUCGAAAACUCGCGUUGCGCCAUUGAAGCCCACUUCCAUACCCAGGCAGGAGCUGUUAGCUGCUGUUUUGGGACUUAGGCUGGCAAAUGUUCUUAGCUAUGAACUGUCCAUUACAGUAAAUCGCAGAGUAUUCUGGACAGACUCCAAAAAUGUGUUGUUUUGGCUGCGAUCGAGCACAAGAAAAUACCAUCAAUUCGUAGCGCUGAGAAUCGGAGAGAUCCUCGAGAGUUCUGCUAUUAGGGAAUGGCGGUGGCUGCCAUCUGGUGAGAAUAUUGCGGACGAAGGCACUAAAUGGAGCAGCAACCGAGAAUUCGACGACAACCAACGCUGGUUCAGUGGACCUAAAUUCCUACUAGAACGAGAAUCAAGCUGGCCAAUUAUACAAUUUCCAGAUGAUGACGAAGAGACAGUUGAGGUUCUACAGCAUAUGGAUUUUGCUAACAACUCAUUGGGUACGAACGCAGAAAUAACCCCGGAUGUAAAAAGAUUUAGUACAUGGGAGAAGCUUCGCAGUGCGCAUCGAUUUGUUUUACGUUUUCUACGAUUGGUUACGAAGGGAAAGCCACGUUCUCAGUUUCUUCAAAAGCUACUCAACCCAGACAACAUAGAGACAGCAGAGCUUGCAAUUAUGCUUAAUUGUCAAAGCGAGGUGUUCCAUGAAGAGAUUUGUCGUCUGCGUAAUGGUGAGGAAAUUAAUCGAAAAUCUUUUCUUUUCAAGUUCUCCCCAUACUUAGACCAGAUUGGUCUGCUGCGAGUAAAAGGUAGAAUUGAUGCUGCUGAGUGUGUUGCCAUUAAUGUCAAGCGUCCAAUAAUCCUGCCACGCAAGCACGACGUAACGCGACUACUCGUCGACUUCUAUCACAGGAAAUUUCACCACCAUCACAACGAGAUCGUCGUCAACGAGAUGAGGCAAAGGUUCUGCAUCUCCGCCUUAAGAAGGCUGGUAAAAGAAUGUGCUGCAAAAUGUCAAACCUGCCGGAACCGUAGGGCUUCUCCACAACCUCCUCAAAUGGGAGAUCUGCCAAUGGAACGUGUGUCACCUUUUACCAGGCCGUUCACCUUUACAGGGGUUGACUAUUUCGGACCAAUGGACGUUGUAAUUGGCCGCAGGCGUGAAAAGCGGUGGGGUGCUUUAUUCACAUGCCUUACCACCCGCGCAGUUCACAUUGAAAUCUCACCUACUUUAUCUACCGAGUCGUUUUUGCUGAUUUUUAAACAAUUUGUGAGUCGCCGUGGAGUACCGAAGCGAAUUAUAUCGGACAACGGCACCAAUUUUCGCGGUGCUAGUGUACUUCUAGUAAAAGAAAUUGAAAGAAUAUCGUCGGAUGAUAUAGAAAGGAAAUACCCUGAAAUUGAAUGGAUUUUUAUUCCCCCCGCUUCACCACAUAUGGGAGGGUCAUGGGAGCGCAUGAUACGUUCUACGAAAUCGAUUCUAAUGGACAUUCUACCAGAUUCCGGUAUGCGAGAGGAGGUGUUAAGAGCCGUUCUAGCCGAUAUCGAAAACAUUUUAAAUUCAAGGCCACUGACGUACGUGCCGCUUGAUUCAGCCGAAGAUGAAGCUCUUACGCCAAACCACUUUCUGACGGGACACUCUAGUGGUAUUCGAGAACUAACAGAUAAUACCAACUCUGGAUCGGCUCUACGGCAAAACUUUAAAAUUUCUAGCCAGUUGGCUGACCAAUUUUGGAGACGCUGGGUUAAGGAGUACCUCCCCUGUCUUACCAGACGUGCAAAGUGGUAUCAGCCACCAGCAAACUCAAUCAAAUUGAACGACGUGGUGGUCAUCGUAGACGAAAACUCCAAGAGAAAUUCGUGGCCGAAAGGAGUAGUAAUAGAUAUGAAUUUUGGUAAAGAUGGCCAAGCUCGUAGCGCAGUAGUCAAGACAGUAAAUGGAUUAUGUACACGACCGAUAGUAAAGUUGGCGAAAUUGGACGUCGAGGUUGAAAAACGUGGGUCGCCAAUCAACAGCUGGCGAAGAGAAGCAAGCUUAACUGUCAAAGAGAAGCAAGCUUUCUUUUCAAUUCUAGCCGUUGACGAAAGCGCAUGGACGCGCAUAAAAACAAUUAAGAGUGCAGCGAAAUUAUUUGGUUUGGGCAACACUUUGUCAAGAGUAAAAGGCGCACUUAUAACAGAUGUCAAAGUUGACGACGUGCAGACAGAGCACACUUUACUCGUGGUAUCAGAUGCAGACAUAAGUUUUGAGGUUAUUAUUGGUUACGACUUUAUUCAGAAAUUUCAAUUAGAAUUUAAUGCGAAUGGCUAUUUUUUCACCAAGGCUGAAGAGAAAUACAAUUGUUUAUACAACGUCGUUGAAGGUGAAGUUGAUAUAGAUGUUAUGCCACAGUAUAAACAAGAAAUUAAUAAAUUGAUUCAAAGCUACAAACCUACGAAGACGACGACUCAGCAUCCUAUCCAGCUGAAAGUAAUUCCGAAAGAAGAACACAUCGCUUUUAAUGAAAAUCCAACUCGAUUGUCGGCUAUGGAACGAGCUGUUGUAAAAAGGCAGUUGGAUGAGUGGUUGCAGCAGGGCGUGAUCCGCGAAUCUUCUUCAAACGUUGCAAGUGAAGUAGUCUGGGCAAAGAAAAGAGAUGGAAGUUACCGAAUGUGCAUCGAUUAUCGCAAACUGAAUGCGGCCGUGCUAAAAGAUCGUUUUCCGGUACCAAUAAUCGAUGAAGUUUUGGAAAAAAUGCAGGCAGCCAAGUUUUUUUCGGUGAUGGAUCUUAAGAAUGGAUUUUUUUCACGUUCCCGUGGAAGAAAGUAG